AUGCUUCAAAAGGCAGCAGGGAAUGAAGAGGCAAAGUGUCCGGAAUCAUUGGUUGUCUGCCAGGAUGUGUCAGCGAAGUUGGCGAAGGCUAGUGCGGAAGAGGGUCGAUCCCUCUUCGAAGUCCUCGAAUGUCCUAGCAGGAGGAACCAGCAUGGCAAUAGUAACGGUCCGGGUGCAACCGUGGUUAACUGGCCUGAGGUUCGGGAUUUGGGUCUGUACUGGGCUAGUGUUGAUCACGGGUACUGGGGUGCAGAUGCCACUGGAUCGGUAUCCAUAGGUUCCUCCAGUUGGGAGCUGUUUGAACGUCUGCACGAAACCGUUCUAUCUUCUGAUCUCGGAGGGCUGGGUGCAGAGUUAGGUCUUAGCCGGGAUAAUCAAAGGGUCGCUGGCGAGAGAUGCUCGCGGUGGUCUUCUAGCUUGGUGCGGGUGGUUUCCGCGGUGUGGCGUGAAUGGAGUUUGUGUCAGGAGUCGGAUGCUAAGGAGGCAAUCGCUCGGCUAAAGGUUUUGGCAGAGUUGUUGAGGGGUCAGGGUAAGGAUAUUGGUCAGUUGGAAGAGCUCUGCAGAGUCGCGGCGGAGCGUGUGGGUUCGGAUGACAGUGAUGAUGGGCGUGGUAUUGGACCUAUGGGAUUCUUGACCAAGGACGAGCCGAUACCGGAUAGCUGGAGCGAUAUAGAAGAAACUCCGGAUGAGCCCGUUCCUGCAGAUAAGGUCCUCAUGCUAAGUCCCCUGGAAGUGAUUCCCAUCCUCCUGUUUGCCCUUCGGAACCUGGUACUGCUGACGCCGGGGUUGAUUGAAGUUUUAGAUGAUUGUGGACCCGAUGAAGACAGUGAUGAUGAAGAGGUAGGCGAGGUAUGGGAGGAUGAUGGAGUUUUCUGGGAUGAGGGACAACAGGUUUGGGAUGCGACUCCGAGGGACGGAGCGGAAGAGCUUGCCGAGAUAGAUCCCCUACGAGGCUUCAAAUACCAGGAUGUCCCAGAGGGCAAUGGGGUUUGCGGUCGUGAGGGUAGUGCGGAGGUUGUUGAGGAUCCAGGUGUAGCCUAUCUGUUACCUCCUGAGGAUGCGGAGGCCAUUGUAUCAGAAACGUUUUUUCUUUCGAGAGUUGCUACGCAAGAGCGAUACGCUCUGCUGGAGGAAAUUCGCUUGUCGGAUCCUAGUAGCCUACCGUCUGUUGACUCUUUGGCUAGUCUUGAGAUGCGCAUAAGUAGGCUUCAAGCAGAGUUGGAGUUAAGUCGAGCUGCGGAGAGCUUCCAAGAGAUUUCAACCGUGCAUUCCGAUUCAGUUCGUAUGUCAACAUGUCGCCUCGCGGCAGCAGUAGCUUCGGGUCCAGUGCCGGCGGAUGUUCAGAAUGAAGGGGUUCAGGAGGACAUCAUGUUUCAGACUAGGACCGUAGACCCGCAGGAAGCAAACAGUCAAAUCCAGCGGUGGAUCGCACCGUUGACAGAAGAAUACAUCGGUCUUACGUCUCAGUAUCGGGCAAUUCUUCCGGUUGAUGUUUCAGAGGUAGAUGAAACUUCCGGCGAUACCGAAGCAUGCCAUUCGGAACCGUCGUUGUGGAAAAUUCUAGACCAGCAUAAUAAUCUGCACGGCCUUCUCGGGGCGUACGUUGACGACUUUCUCCUAACCGCGCUGCAAAACGUGUUGGAUUCGGCACUGGCCGUGAUCAGGUCGAAGUGGGAAGUUUCAGAGCCGAAGCAGGUUGGAGUGCAUGAUGUCCAUUUCCUCGGUGUAGAUCUUCAUCUCGCUGGAAAUGUUUACUACAUGUCUCAGGUUGGGUAUGUGGUGGAGCUGUUAAAGCGGCACCCGGAGGUGUCGGGAGUGGCGUGGGCUCCCUUUCCUUCCACUAAAGAAGAAGAUACCUGCGACAUGCUUCGUAGCGAAGAGGCGCCAAACCUAGCACUUGUUCGCAAGGCUCAGGGGUUGCUGGGUGAGUUAACCUGGCUGGCUACGAAAACGCGGAUUGACAUUGCUUGGUCGACCAACAAAGCGUCACAGCUCACGGCAAGGCAUCCCGAACAAGCGAUCGAGAUUUGUCACAACAUCAUACGGUACUUGAGGCAGUAUCCGGAUUUGGCUAUCUCAUUCGGUCCUCAUGACGACCUUGGAGUUUUACAGGUGUAUGCAGAUGCAGCCUUUGCACCUGGGGGUGCUCGUAGUCAAUCCGGUGCUUUGGUGCUCUGGUCCGGGGGGCUGAUAGGAUGGUUUACGAGCCGUCAGUCGUUCAUUACUUUAAGCACAGCAGAAAGUGAGCUGUAUGCUUCCAUUGAAGGCAUGGUGUUGCAUGAUUCGAUUAGACCGCUGUUAGAGGAGCUAGUAGAUCUGCAAGUCCCCACGUUGUAUUCCGAUAACGUUGCCAACGUCGCGAUAAUUUCGGUGCCAGCAGGCGAAGUUAUGAUCGCAGACGUCCUCACUAAAGCAAUGCCACCUCUGCGGAUGACCAAGUUGUUGCAGUUGGCCAAUGUUGUCCAGCUUCCGAGUGAAGCUUUGAGGGCGCUGAUCUUGCUUGCAGUGUGCAGGCAAGUCAGAGCGCAGCCUGACCGUGUAGAGGAUGAUGAUGGAGCAUGGUGGCCAUUAUUGUUGCUCAUAAGUGUAGUGCUGGUGCUGGCGAAGCUUCUCGAGUACCUGUUUAGAGCUUUGUGGGCGAGAGGAGGUCUAGAAGUAAAUGGCCAGGCAGAUGCCUAUCGUCAAGGUUCUGCUGUGCAAGUGUUUGCUUUCGCAGAUGACCUAGCAAUUGUUGGCUCGUCCGAGGACGCACGAGCGUUUAUAUCUGAGAGGGGUUUGCGUAGAAGGUCGGCAAGUUCAGGGUCUGUAGAGUGGGUGUCUCAGGGUGUUAGUCGGCGUUCCGGGUUAAGUGAGAAUGCCUCUACAGCUGCUUUCUCAGCAGCGGGCAGAGUAGGCGCCGAAGUCGCUUCAAGGCCAUGGGAUUACGAGGAUUAUGCAGAAAGGGCUUUUUCUCCUGAUCCUUACGCUUUUUCUGGUAGUGACAGAGCUUCCGAAACAGAAUCUGACACGCCUUUGAUUGAGGCCCUUUUGUCCCCAAGAGUUGCUGUCCUCACGUCGUCGUCUUCUAACCAGGUGUCCGCAGAGGCUCCCGUAGCUGUUUCUAGACAGGCUCUUGUCCCGAACACCCUUGACCCUUCAGGAUGGUUAUCGUGGGAUGCCAGGCGUAAUUUAGGACAUCGGUUGAGGGUCCGGGGGAGGGAUUAUUUUGAGUAUCUUCCAGAAGAAGCGGUCUUGAUUAGGUGGCAUGCAAGUAGCCGGAGACAGUUUUUCGAUCCGAGGGCAUCGAGAUUGCCUGUUCCGCUCAGUCAGCUUGUAGGAUGGAGAGUGACUUACUGCACAUUUCACAACGGAGAGGAGCGUAUUUAUCAAGAUCAUUUCACGACCACUCCACGAGGGAGGGGUCCAGACGAGAUGCAGUGGCGUGGUCGAACAGAGUUCCUGGUCUAUCAGAGGUUUGAUCCGCGAGCAGCAGUGCAUCCGAGUUCUUCAGUAGGUUCUUCGAGUGACGGGCUACCCAAAGCGGCCCCUCUGCAAAAGGCACCUCCGGUGCCAAAGGCUACAGUACCCAAGGCGAACGGAGCUGCGGCUCCAAAAGGACCUCCUGUGAAGGCUCCACCCUCGAAGGCUCGAGCGAGGAGGUAG